AUGAUUAACAUUCAGAACGACGUCUUUGCCUUCCUGAACAUUGCAACUGACACCAGUCCUGACGUACAGCAUUUCAAAGAACUCCAAGAUGAUGUUCAACGAGAGUUGCAAAAUUGCGCAAAGAAAAAAGAAGAGCUACAAAUCCGAAGAAGAAGAAGGCGUGGCCCGCUACGGAGAACCGAUCGUUUAGAACGGUUCUGUAAAAAGAUGUCUGAAUUGUCAGAGACAUUCUCAGGUACUGGUGACGUGGCCAAAGCCAUCGAUCCACGAGUCGGUGGUGGUUUGAUUGGUGCACUCUCGAUGCUAUUCCAAGUAGGGAAGAACAAGAUUGGCCGCGAGGAGACCAUCACGAAAGGAAUCGAACGACUCACGCUCGGCCUGAAGAACAUGGAGAUACUUUCAGAUACCCUUGAACAUUCCGAUAUGAUGAGGCCGGUUCAAAAGGUAUACGAGGAAGUGGAAAGGUUCUGCAAAAAGUCGACUGCAUAUUACAACAUGCCCCCUUGGAAGAGGGUAUGGGAAGCUGUUGCAAACCCAUAUAAACUAAACAUCGCGAUCGAGCUCGGUGAUAUAAAGGACAGUAUCCUGGAUGCGAUUCAGACGUAUCAUAUACUGCAAGAACGUGAACAGAAAGAGAAGAACAAAAAGGACAGCGAAAAAGCAUACAAUGACCACAUCAACCGGCUAAAAAAGGUAGUCAUGGCUGAAAACUACUCCACAGAAGCACAUGCGGAUCAAAUGAAAGAACAUUGUGUAAAGCUCUAUGAGCAUGUGUUCAGCAACAUGCAGUCUCACUACAGCCUAGUGAAACUUCAAGAGAUGAAUCCCGAGCUUCUACGACAGGUGGCACAUCUCGAAGAUUGGGCAAAAUGUAGGAAUCCGUCCCUGCUUCUUUUACUGGGCAAGAACUUCGAGGUUCACGACUACAAUCGUGGACUACUGUGGCUUUCACCAGCAACUCUGCAGGUCUCUGAGAUGUGUAAAGCAUCUCAUGUAUCUGCGUUCUAUUCCCCGAGUUGCCAACAACAAGGACUGUUCCGCCAACCAGAGGUUUCGUUCGAUCGGCUUCUAUCUAGCCUCAUUCUCCAAGUCUUGAACAGUAGCAGGACUUUCUUCGAGGACCAUCACGAAGAAGUCUACCAAGAACUUCAACCAAACCAGAACACUCCUUGUGACCGAAAGAGUAUUCUUAUAAAGCUUUUGCAAGCUCUCGAUACUAGUACCACCGCUAUACUGAUCAUUGAUCGACUCGACAUGGUGGGAGCAUCGAAAAAGGAUGUAAGCGCUAAUUUGGAUAAGCUGGUCACAAUCAUGCUGGAUCCCAAGGUCAAAUGCUGUAUCAAAGCUGUUGUUACCGGGUUACAAGACAGGUUUCAUGGUAUAACGAGUAUUGAAGAGGUAGUGAAGGAGAGAAAUUGGUCAAAGAUAACACGUGGAAAGACAGUUUCAGUGUAUGGGAUGCUGCAGUGGAACCAGGAAAACUUGGAUGACGACUAG